AGAGCCAACACGUCACCCAUGCAUGUGUGUGGCAUUUAUCAUGUGUUUACUGUAAUUAUUAUUAUUCGGUAUCUGUCGUUAAUUGUAAAUUACAUCGCUAACUCGAUAUUAGUCGGAAUUUAUUUGCUCUCAUCGAAUACAUUAUUAUUUUAAGUGUGUGUUUUUAUCGAGCGAUUCGCGAUGGGUAUCUAGGAGAUCACAAUUAUAUUAUUAUAAUUUAUAAUCAUUACGCUACAAUUACAGGAUGACAACAGUGAAGCACGAUAUUGAACUACCAAGCAAUAUUCCAGAAUUAUUACUGGAGAAGCAUGCAAACUAUCUCAUUUCGUAUGGGACCAACAAAGAUGAAUACAAUUAUUCUCAGACUGAGCACAUGAGGAUGUCUGGAAUGUAUUGGGGUCUUACUGCUCUAGAUUUAAUGGGAAAGUUAGAGCAAACCAAUAAAGAGGAAGUAUUAGAAUUUAUUAAGCAGUGUCAAAGUGAUAGUGGUGGUAUUAGUGCCAGUAUGCAACACGAUCCACAUUUACUUUAUACACUCAGUGCUAUUCAAAUAUUGUGUAUGUACGACGCAUUAAAUGUAAUAAACGUCGAUAAAAUUGUAAAUUAUGUCAAAGAGAGGCAACAGGCAGAUGGAAGUUUUGCUGGUGAUCAGUGGGGUGAAGUGGAUGUCAGAUUUUCGUUUUGUGCUGUUGCCACUUUGUCACUUUUGAAUCGCUUAGACGCGAUAGACGUUGAGAAAGCAGUACAAUUUGUAUUGAAGUGUAUGAAUUUUGAUGGAGGAUUCGGUUCAAAGCCAGGAUCCGAGAGUCACGCAGGUUUAAUUUAUUGUUGUACAGGAUUACUCUCAAUAACAGGACAUUUGCAUCUGAUAGAUGCUGAUCGUUUAGGAUGGUGGUUAUGCGAGAGACAAUUACCUUCUGGUGGUUUAAAUGGCAGACCUGAAAAGUUGCCAGAUGUGUGCUAUUCUUGGUGGGUGUUAUCGGCACUGACAAUCCUAGGUCGUCUUCAUUGGAUAGAUAAAAAAGCCUUGAUCGAUUACAUUUUGACUUGUCAGGAUGUUGAGUCUGGUGGUUUCAGCGAUCGACCUGGAGAUAUGGUUGAUCCUUUUCAUACUUUGUUCGGCCUAACUGCGUUGUCACUAUUGGACAAAAAUUUCUCGUUAAAACCAAUUAAUCCUACAUACUGCAUGCCAGAAUAUAUAAUCGAUCGUUUAGGUCUUAAACCGUCACGGCUCGAUGCAUGAUUAUAUAUUCGACGUACUCUCGUUAUUUCUUUCACUUUUUCGUUAGAAAUACACAAUUAUAGAUUUUUUACAAAACAUC